AUGUUCCGCAACGCGUCCCUCUUCGGAAAAUAUUUGCGCGGCUUGGGUAAAACUGCUCUAAAGGGUUUCAAAAAGAAGCAGAUUUUGGCUCCCAUUCCAGUCAAGGCCUAUGGGCGCCCCCCCUCAGCAGCGUCUCAGUGUGGUUUAUACCAUGACGAGGAUUACAACUACUACACCAAGAUUUCUUUCUCCCUGCGGAAACACAGGCGAAAACUCAAGCCAAAUGUGUUUAAAAAAGACUUUGAGUCCGAAGGGUUGAAUACGACGAUCAAGAACCUCAAAGUGACGACCUCAGCGCUGCACGCCAUAGAUGACGCCGGGGGUCUUGAUGAGUACCUUCUGCGGACUCCGCCUGAGGAAAUGAGGAGCGUUUUAGGCGAAAAAAUGAAGACUGUAAUUCAUUUUUAUAACCAACACCCCGAAAUUAGGGAGUGGGCGCUGCCCUGGAAGUCUUUCGCCAGCGCCGGAGCCAGGAAAGACCCUUGUCAAGCGUUGUAUAGGCACCUGAUGGGAAAAGAGCUGUACGAAAAGCGCCUAAGAGAAGCGCAAAAGCAGUCUUCUCCCUAUUACUUGCCAAGUUUGCGAAACAUGCACCCUGUGAGGCAGCCAUUUGCAGAGGGCACAGAGCCGCCACAGCUCCCACACCUCGGCUGGGCUCUAAAUCACGUAGAGGCAGCAGCGCUGCGGCGACGACUGGGCAUGGCUGUGUGCCAGACCAGAGCUCAAGCUUCUCACGAGGAAGCUGAUGGCUUUAGGACGGGAAACAACAGGGGAGGGGGUGGCCAGAGCGGAUCGUCCCUCAGAAAACGGUCGAAAACACACAAGUGGAGAGAGAUCAGAGCCUACUGA